AGCAAGGCUACAUGCAUUUUAUCAACAACAUUCUGAUUUAACUUCCAUUUAAACCUAAUACAAAUGCAUGUUUGCCUUCCCAGGAAAUAGAAAUCGUCCUAAAAUCAAUCAGGAUUAUAAGAACAUUACUCAGGACAAUGACAACAAGGUUAGCGGUAUCGCAGUCUCCUCGAAGUCUCCAGAUCCCGGGUAUGGAUAUCAUGGUGGGUCGCGAAACUUCCUGUGGACUUGAAGAAAAACCUUUAAACGUGUCGGAGGCUCAAGGAUUUAUACUACCACCAAACAUGAGGGAGGCCUUUCCUGACGCAGAUUUGGAAUCGGUUGAUUAUCAGAUGAUUAUCACGAAGUUUAAUCCAUACCAGUGGCAUAAAAGCCACAAAAAACUGAAGACGGAAAUAAUGAGUCUUGAAUUCAUGGACGGUAAAGGAGCAAUAUUACCCGUUGGAGGAAAGAACCUAGAUAUCGAUAUCAAAAUACCUCUUAAUUCCGCAAACUCCUCAGUGAAUAACUUCUUUGCCAGACCACUUAUGAUGCGAUACCACACGGUGGUGCUCACCGAUAUUUCCGAUUCUAUGAUCCUUGAAGUCAAACCAAUUAACCGCAGUCUUCUACUGCUGGUGUAUGUUAAAUAUGGAGAACGCCCAACAGUAAACAGUUACGAUUAUACUGCCAUUGUACCUGAUUUUUCGUCUUGUGAUUGGGUCAACGUAAGUGGUCGAUUUGUAGUCAAGUGCUCGAGGAGCCCAUACGAGAUCAUGUCUACUGCAGAUUUCAACCAAACAGGUUUGUAUUUCGUCGGAGUUCUAUAUGUCGAACAGUUGAGUCGUACUCGAUUUAGACGCUCGUGCUUUGGAAGAAGAAGAAAGAAAAGAGACUGCGUUGAGCCAAAGCCACCUCCAGUGAAAGGAAUUGAGUACAACAGAACAUUGAUAUUUAAUCCUUCUACCGACCAGAACUAUAGCCUCAAAGUUCGCCAGUACAGUUGCUACUAUUUCUCAUUGACGCAAAACCAAUGGACUAAAGAUGGCUGCAAGGUUGGAGAUGACACGAACGACAAACUACUUCAGUGUCGAUGUAAUCAUCUCACAGCUUUUGGUGGAGGCUUUGUCAUUGCUCCAAAUCCGAUCGACUUCGACAAAGUGUUUACAGAAUUCUCCAGACUCGGAGAAACAGGAAAUUAUUUGGUUCCCGUAAUGGUCUGCGCCAUUUUUGGCGUAUAUCUUGUGGUGUUAAUCUGGGCCAGAAAGGCUGAUAUGCUGGACGAAAGAAAGGCAAGUUUUAUAUUUGCAUGUAAGCUGGUGGUAUUAGCCAUAUCUUCUAUUCUUUAUUGUUGGAAAUGUUAUCAGCAUUCAAUAUUUUUAAUUGAAGUGUUUAUUUCACUUCCUUGUUGAAUGCUUUACGUCGUUAACACGCACGGAUGUAGUGCUAAUUUUAUCCAGAGAAACACCAAAAGGCGACUUGACUUAACAUAGCAGAAACAGUGUCAUUAUGAAAACUUCCUACCCUUAACCGUGUUUCAAACUCCUACACAGUCAAUGUGGAAAAAUGCACAUAUAUAGCGAAUUUUUCAUUUUCUGUUCCAAUGGGAUGAGAAGUGGCCUUAUGGUUUGUGUCCUGGAAACCGGACCGACUGUUGUGGGUUCAAGCCACCUGAGGUCAUUUUGUUUUGUUCUUGGUCUAACGCUUUUCCUCCACAGUGCUUACCUACGUCCAAGUGUGUAAACAGCAUCCAGAGGAGUCAUUUCAUGCUGCAGAAAACCUGAGUUUAAGCGCCGCUUUUUGGCCGACUACAUAACUCGAACGCUUUUACUUCCAGUUCAACUUGCCUAUUACUGUUCAUGCGCAUCUAAAGAUAUGGUCUUUUAUGUAUCAAGCAAAAGUGAACUUAAACUAUCGUCAACAUAUAAAAGAAUCUGUUCCGCCCUCCCCCUGAAAAUAAGUCUCUCAAAUCUUAUCGCAAACAUCCUGCCAAUAAUACGUCCCACGAAUGUAACUCAAAAUAAUUCCAUAUAAUGUGUCUUCUAAUAGAUAGCGCUUGUUAUAUCUCAUGUUGUUACAGCAAACGCCACAAUGUUUGAUAUUCUUAUUCAACAAAUGUAGAACUUGUGUUCUGUUCUAUUUGUUUAGAGGGUUCUACCGCACCUAAACUUUUCUAGACUCAACAUCCUUUUGUUAUAUGUAAUACCUAAGGGUUGAGUUGACUUUUAACGUGUAAAUUUACUUCCUUUCUUGGUAGCUGGGUCCCCCUGUACUCGUCAAAUGCUCUGUCAACUGCACGCACCGGUAUGAUUUGACAGUAAGUACAGGUGUUUGGCGGAAUGCUGGGUCAACGGCUAGCGUGUUUAUUAAAAUCUAUGGCACCGAAGGCACUCUUGGAGCCGUGAACUUAACUGAAAGCUCUCCACCAGGAAGAAAAAUGUUUGGUAGAGGAAGCAUCGAUAGGUUUGUUUUCCAUCUGGACAAUUCCCUCGGAAAUUUAAUUAAAAUAGAAAUAUGGCAUGACAAUUCUGGGAAGAAUUCCUCGUGGUUUCUGGAUCAAGUUCGUAUUGUUGAUGAAAGUACAGGCGAGAAGUGGGAUUUCUUCCACCACAGUUGGCUUGCUCUUCACAAAGGUGACGGAUCUACCAAGGCUACCCUAAUGUCCAAUGAUCCAAAUCAUUAUGGUCCUGGAUUUAAGAACAUGUUCUUCUCUGUCUCUUCAGUGGAUCUAGCGGAUUAUCAUCUCUGGGCAUCUGUCGUUACCAGACCGCCGCGUAACCCAUUUACACGUGUACAGCGAGCCUCGUGCUGCCUUUCUCUUUUAUAUUUGGCGAUGGCAUGUAACGCUAUGUUUUAUCAAGUGACAGGAGUUUCAGAUGAAGUGAUUGAAAUUGGACCAUUGAAAAUGUCAUUGCGUCAACUAAUUGUUGGAAUCGAGAGUUCUCUGAUUGUUGCUCCAGCAAGUAUUAUGAUAACCCUGUUAUUCCGUCAGAGGAGGGCUAAAACGAGUGGAGAGAAGGAAGACGACACAUCAAAGGCAUCCUUGGCCAAAAGAAAAUGUUUGCUACCUCAUAAUUUUGUGCAUCUCGGCUGGUUUCUUUGUAUUGCGGCGAUAUUGUCGUCUGCCAUUGUAACAGUAUUUUACAGUCUUCAAUGGGGGAAAGAAAUUACAGAUCAGUGGCUGGCUUCGGUUGUUGUCUCUUGUAUCAAGGAUGUUUUCAUCUGGCAACCAUGCAAAGUUUUAUUCUUUACUCUUUUGUUGAUUAUUAUCUUCAGUAGGCCUAAAUCUCCCGACGAGACGAGUAAUAGUAUUGGAUCGUCGUUUGCAGAGGAGAUGAAGGAGCUGCGUGCCUAUGAACUACAAAGGGCAACGUUUUUUCGUUUUGCAAGACAGUUUGGCGCCUUUAUGGUGUUUUAUGUCUUGCUGAUGAUAGUAACUUAUGGGGAUAAAGAUUAUCACAGAUAUCUGAUGAAUAAAGGCACUCGAGAUAGCUUCACCUACUUUGGCAAGGUAAACACGGGGCAAAAAAUGUGGAUUUACAUGCUGGGAAAAUUCAUUCACGAUUCGUAUGCCGGUGAAUGGUACAAUGGCCAAUGGGAACAGACACCAGAGUAUAUAGGCAACAAAGCUUCAAUGCUCAUUGGAAUGCCACGUCUUAGACAGCUCAGGAUACAGGAAGAUUCUUGCCGAGUGAUGAAAGAGUUUGAGACGAUCAUUGACAAGUGCUACGAUUUCUACUCGAUGUCAGAGGAGGACACAACUCGUCUCUAUCUCCCACAUUGGAUUCAUUUGUCAGACGCGCAGCAGGAUUGGGCCAACCUAUCACAACUCUGUCCCAGACCAUGGCGUUAUUCGUCACCAGAAGAGCUCAAUAACUUGCCUUCGUGGGCACAGCAUCAUCUAUAUGACGGUGGUGGGUAUGUUCUUGACCUUGGGUAUGUUAAACCAACUGCUAUCCGUAUGAUGGAAGACGUCAAAGACAAGGACUGGAUUGACAGAAGAACAAGGGCCGUUUUACUUGAAUUCCAAGUUUUAAACUUAAACACUAAUUUAAUGAGCAUUGUAACUUACCAUUACGAGGUUCUACCUUUUGGAUUUGGGCUUACUUACGAGAAGAUUGACACGAUAAAAAUAUUUAAUUUCCAAAAUCUAUCUUACAGUUUUUACCUAACAUGCCAAUUGUUGUUUAUGUUAAUCGUAUUAGUAUAUGUCACUAUCCUGUUAUUCAGAUUAUGCCGUCAAAGAUAUGCGUUUUUUAGACGUAUAUGGAACUGGAUAGAUAUUGCACAGAUUCUGAGUGCCUCACUUGCCAUAGUGUUCUACAUUAUAAAGGUGAAGUUUAUGCAUGACAGCAUAAAAGAACUUCGAAAGAACCCGUUUGUGACAGUGAGUUUCCAGUUUGCAAUUUUCUGGACUGAGGUUGAAAAUGCUGCUCUUUCUCUCGCUUUAUUUAUUGCCACUUUUAAAAUUCUUCAUUUUAUUCGUCUCAAUCCACAUGUGCAAAUCUUAGCGUGGACAAUUAUUACGGCGAGGCACGACAUUUCAUCAUUUUGCGCCCUCUUUGGUAUACUUUUUGUGGCACAUGCUCAUUUUGCUUUACUGGCUUUUGGUAGCCAUGUCUUUUCCUUUUCAUCCUUUCCUCGCUCGUUUGCUUCUGAGUUUGAACUGUCGCUAGGCAACACAAUUCACGUCGUAGAGAUUAAUGAUGUCAACAGAGUUUUAGGUUCACUUUUUACCGCCAGUUUUAUGCUGACAAUUGCGGUUCUUCUUGUCAAUAUUUUUGUAUCUAUUCUCGAUAUAAAUUUACAUGACGUAAAGGAGGACGAAGAAAAAGUACAGGAAGCGUUUGGCAUGGGGAAGUUUAUUAGAACUAUUUUUUUUGGGUUAGCAUACAGGAAUAAAGGUGCCGAUACCAAACUAUAACGUUCAAAUUGAUCAAGUGAAUUAUGACGACAGUUAGCUUGCUCCAUCAACAACAACAACAACAACAAAAAAACCCAAAAAAAACACGGUGGUCGGUUAAGAACUUCAAUAUUACAGGUAUUUUCUCUAGCUUUCUUUCGCUAGAUAACUGCGCACAUAAGUUGGGAGUAGUUUGUUCUUAAUCAACAAUUAUAGUUAGAAAGGGGCUAUGCCACAGUUUUAAAUCGUUUUUCUUUUCACUCGGAAAUCUCAAGAUGUAUAUUUCUUUAAGGUGUAACAUCACUAAAAAACUCUAAAUGGGGAUGGCUACCACUGAGAAAGAUUGAGAGGGAUUACGAACGAUACGCUAGAAAAAGUGGCCGUUUUUGCUUUUUUUUUU